AUUCGCUUCUGUCUGCUUUACCUUUUGAAACUGCUGGAUUCAGAAUACUGAAGAAAGGAGCAUAUAUGAAAGUUAAUACUAAAAAAAAGCAAAGUUAUGAUUACUUUUAACAAUGAUGACUGACAGCAGAGCUCUUGUGUCAGAAAAGGAAAUGACGGUGCAAAAACUUUCCUUUAUAAGCAAGGAAGAGCUUUGGAAACUAAUGUCUAAAGGUCAUAUUGAUAUUAAAGAACAACAGAAUAUAUUAUGUGAUCUUCCCUUAAAUACAAAAGAAGAAAAACAUUCGUGUGAAUUGUCACCAGUGUUAGCACAGCAUGUUUCGUAUCCUGUAGGUAAUAUGGAACAUCCUCAAAUGAACUUUCAAAGUUUACCAGUUUCUCCUAUAAGUCCUUACGAUUUCAAAACACAAGCCUCACUUCUUCAGCAACAGCAAGCGAAGCUUACUGCUAUACAAACUUCUUUGGAGAGAGUUAACUUGGAAUUGACAGCUGUAACAGAGAGACUAAUUUUAAUUCAAUAUAGAAAUACUUCUGGGAGUAAUUUAUUCUCCUUUACUAAAAACUUGGCUUCUUUUUUUCGACCGUUUAUAUUUUGUCUAAAGCUUCUUUUAAAAAACUGUAUUGUAAUUUUAGCCGCUUGUUAUUUUAUGAAGUCGUCUUCCUCAGCCUGGAUAUUGAAUUGCAUCCGUCACGUAUAUCUGCUUCUUCGUCGUUUAACGAAUCCUGCCUCAUCUCCGCGUUCUUUUAUAUCAUCUGGUUUUUAAAGGUUUUAUGUUAUUAUUAUUAUUCAACGGCAUUAGAUUUCCUUAUCCUUAUACUAUACGGUUUGGGUUGUAUUUAAUUUACUUGCAAAGCCUUAAUCCUCGUCCUGAGAAAGUCUCAAAACUGAUUGUUUUCUUCUCUAUUUUUCGUAUCCUUUUACUUAAAGAUUGUACUAGAUUUGCUUAUAAUUCUGGAUAUCUAUUAGAGAGUGAAACGUACAUAGAAUCAUACUGCCUCCAAAAGCGAAUUCCUUUAGUAUUUUACCAUAUACUCUUACUUAAUUAAAUUUAUUUUCUUU